AUGGAAGCUUUGCUGGAGAAAGAGAAGGCAAAAGUGUUUGUUGACAGAACAACUUCUCUGAGAGACGAAGCAGAACUUGGACCUAAAUGUGUGCUCGUUGGGACUUGGGACACAACACUUGGAGUGCUAAACAUCUCGAAUCGUUUUGAUUCAUCUUUCUGCUGCAAAAUAUUCAGGCGUCUUAAGGCCUAUCCUAAGGGAAAUAAUAUCGAUAAUUAUUUGUCUCUGUUUCUGGCGGUCGCUAAUGCUGAAUAUUUGCAAUUUGGAUGGAAAAGACACGCAAAGGUCUCCUUUACUGUAGUAAAUCAGUUGUCAGAGGAACUCUCACAAGUGAUAGAAUCAAGAGAACACUUGUUUGGUCAGAAGGUUUCGGUCUGGGGUUGUAAACGCAUAAUUAACAAUGGCAAACUUAAGUCCAAAAAUGGUGGGUUUCUGGUGAAUGGAGAAGUCAAGAUUGUUGUAGAGAUAGAUGUUCUUAGUGUUAUUGGCGAAUUAGAUGUGCUAGAGGAAACUGAGGAGGCAACACCCACCCCCCCACCUCUGAAAAAGAAACUCCACCAGCGUGUUUUUGAAAAACACCCAGACGUUGCAUUAGAAGUCCAUCAAAAGAACCCACUUCUGAAAACAGCGUACAUGAAUGUCUUACUCAGCCUGACCGAGACCUUGUGCCGGUCACCUCGGGCAAUCUCAAAGGAUGAUCUGGCUGAUGCGUAUGACUCGGUAACAUCAUUGAAAGAUGUUGGAUUUAAGUUGGAUUGGUUAGAGAAGAAACUGAAUAAAGUGCCAGAAAAGAAGGAGAAAGAGGAAGCUUGUGAGGCACGGAUGCUAGAAAUGGAGAAAGAGUUGAAGUACUUGAAGGCAAAAGUGUUGGCCGCGAGAGCUCCUCGAAAGCGUCUUACGUCCUGUCCCUGGUUAAAUGGUAAGACAUAUUAUUUCUCUGUGCGUCUUGACGUUGUAAAUUCUGAAACUUUGCCUCGUGAAUGGAGAAUACAAGCAAAAUGUCGCCUAACUGUUGUAAAUCAGCUUUCGGAGAAACUCUCCCAAGUGCAAGAGAGAGAAUACUGGUUUAAUCGGAAAAACAACACCUUGUGUUUCCUAGAAAUGCUUCCCCUUUCCAAACUUCAUGACAAAGAUGGUGGGUUUGCUGUGAAUGGAGAAGUCAAGAUUGUUUUGGAGGUAGAGGUUCUUGAAGUUAUUGGCAAUUUAGAUAUAUCAGAGGACGGUGAAGAGAUAACCCAAGAAAUUAUUGAAAGAGUUGAUGUCAAUGGGUUUGAAGUUGUUCCUUCAAAGUUAAUAAAGAUGCAAACUUUGUUGAAUUUUCAACCUAAAGAGAUGGUUAAAAUAGUAAAGGCAAAGAAGAAAGAAGAGCAGAAAGGCGUGGCUCGGGUUCAAGAAUUAGAGGAAGAAGUCAAGGACUUUAACCAGACGUGUUCAGACAUAGAAGCUUUGCUGGAGAAAAAGAAGCAAGAACUGAAGGACUUGAAGCAGAAGUGCUCAGAGAAAGAAGCUCUGCUAGAGAAAGAGAAGGGAAAGGUUUUGGCCGCUAGAACUCCUCCUCUAACGUUGGAUGAUGCUGUCUGA